AUGUUGGAAACAAUUGAUACACAUCGGGCUCUACAGGCCAUGGAACGCUUACAGGCAAAACUUCGCGAUCGAGGUGACAUUGCAAAUGAGGAGAAACUGAGCUUGUUAAAGUCAGUGCUGCAGAGUCCUCUCUUUAACCAAAUUCUCAACCUCCAGACUUCUGUUCAACAACUGAGAGAUCAGGUAAAUAUUACACCUCCAGUACAUUCUACUGAUGAAUUCCCCCAGCUCCUCCAUCAUGGUGUGAAUGUGGGGUCUUUGCCGCAUAAUGAGUCAUAUUUGUUGGCUCAGCAGAAUGGCAGCCCAGCUAAUGUUCUAGAAGCAUCUAUGAGAUCCAUUACUCCUCAGAUUAAUGGGAAGACCUCUAGUAAUGACUUUGAGCAGCUGAUCAGAAAUAUGUCUCAGGGUCGUCUUGUUGAGACCAUUGAGCUUACUAAACCUUUAAGUGGUGGUCUGGGCUUCAGUGUUGUGGGACUAAAGAGUGAAAACAGGGGAGAACUAGGUAUAUUUGUGCAAGAAAUCCAGGAGGGAAGUGUGGCACAUAGAGACGGAAAGCUGAAGGAAGCAGAUCAAAUCCUUGCUAUUAACGGACAAGCCCUCGAUCAGACAAUUACACAUCAACAGGCUAUCAGCAUCCUACAGAAAGCAAAAGAUAAUGUCCAGCUAGUUGUGGCCAGGGGCACUUUCCCUCAGCUCAUCAGUCCUGUAGUUUCCCGAUCUCCAUCUGCUGCUAGCACAGUUUCAGCCCAUUCCAACCCGGUUCACUGGCAGCACGUGGAGACCAUAGAGUUGGUGAACGAUGGCUCAGGUCUGGGAUUUGGGAUAGUUGGAGGAAAGUCAACUGGAGUGAUUGUUAAAACCAUCCUCCCAGGAGGGGUGGCUGAUCAGCAUGGGAGAUUGUGUAGCGGUGACCACAUCUUGAAAAUUGGUGAUACGGACCUAGCUGGAAUGAGCAGUGAGCAGGUGGCACAAGUUCUGAGGCAGUGUGGAAAUCGAGUGAAACUGAUAAUUGCAAGAGGUCCUAUUGAGGAGCCACCUCCACCAGCGGUCCCUCCAGGUACACCCGUACCCAUCUCCACACCAGAGAAACAGGCAGAUGCUUCUGUUGAUAGCUGUGAAGAUGGGGAGAAAUUUAAUGUUGAACUCACUAAAAACAACCAGGGAUUAGGGAUAACUAUUGCUGGUUACAUUGGAGACAAAACAUCAGAGCCUUCUGGUAUCUUUGUUAAAAGCAUUACAAAAGGCAGCGCUGUUGAACAUGAUGGCAGAAUCCAUGUGGGAGAUCAAAUCAUAGUUGUGGAUGGAACCAAUCUUCAGGGUUUUACUAACCAACAAGCAGUUGAUGUUUUGCGGCACACGGGACAAACGGUUCGGCUCACUUUGAUCAGAAGAGGGCUUAAGCAGGAAAAUCAUAUUCAGCCCCAGGAGGACUUCAGUGCUGCUGUUGAAAAGGACUUACUGUUCCAAACAAUGGAUAGUAGCAAAGAUAACAGUGAAACAGAACAAGGAUCCCCGUCAGUGCCAUGCAGUGCCAAUGUGGUAAAUAUUGCAGAGGACAUGAAGCAACAGGAACCAGAUUUCCAGCUAACUACUACAGAAGAAGCAGCUACGAAAGCAAAGUGGCAGAGGAUUAUGGGUUCGAAUUAUGAAAUAGUGGUGGCUGUAGUUAACAAAUUCAGUGAAAGCAGUGGGUUAGGGAUAAGCCUAGAAGCUACAGUGGGACAUCACUUCAUUAGAUCUAUCUUACCGGAGGGACCAGUUGGACGAAGUGGCAAGCUGUUCAGUGGAGAUGAGCUGCUCGAAGUGAAUGAGACCUCUUUGCUUGGAGAAAACCACAAGGAUGUAGUCAAUAUCUUGAAAGAACUGCCUAUUAAGGUGACAAUGGUGUGCUGUCGUCCGGUAGCUCCCCCCAUCACUCACACAGAAGUGCUGGAGAGUUUAAGUCUGUCUGAGGUUCAGCUCACAGAAAAGGUUCACGUAGAACUUGGAUUCAUUGGCUCCUCAGACACAGAGGGAACAACUUUGGAAGUAGCUGAUGAGGGUCAGAGUAUGGAAGAGGUGCAAAGCUCGUCUUUGGCGAUGUGGGAAACAGAAGUACAGCACAUUGAGCUGGAGAAAGGGAGUAUGGGACUUGGAUUUAGCAUAUUGGACUACCAGGAUCCUGUUGAUCCAGCAAACACCGUAAUUGUGAUUCGCUCAUUAGUUCCUGGGGGUGUGGCUGAGCAAGAUGGCAGACUUCUUCCCGGAGAUCGACUUAUGUUUGUCAACGAUAUCAACUUGGAAAAUGGCAGCCUGGAGGAAGCGGUACAAGCACUGAAAGGAGCCCCUACAGGAACAGUUAAAAUAGGAGUUGCCAAACCACUGCCUCUUUCGCCAGAGGAGGGCUAUGUCUCUGCUAAGGAAGAUUGCUUUUUCUACACUGCCCAGUCACUUGAGGAGGAGGGGCCAGCUGAUGCAGCCCUCUUCCAUGCUGAGCUGGCUCUGGUGGACUCCGGCGAGGCAGAUCUAGCGGAUGAGUCCACCUUUGAGUUGCAGUAUUCUCUAGAGAGUGACGUCUUCCAGGCUUCAAUGAUAGCUCUGCAUGGCAGUGCCUGUAGCGGUGAGCUGAACUACAGCUUCUCUCUUCCACUAUCAACUCCCAAGUCUGUUGGAGAGGAAUGUUCUAAUACUGCAGCUGAUUUCCUUGUAUCUGACAAAAAUCUGUACAAUGUGGAUCCGAAUCAGAGAGUGAGAGAGCAAAAGUCCAUAGUGUGCAAUAGCCUGGAAACUGCAACUGGUUUUGCUAACAAGGAUCUACUGCCUCUGGAUCUUUCGGAUAUCAACCAAAAUGAAAGUGAAAACACAGAAACAUGGACUGUAUCUCAGACAACAGCAGAAAUUGCACUAAGUACAAGCCUUGCUACUACCAUGCCGCUUGAGCCCACUGGAAAAGAUCAAGUGCUUUUAAUGGAGAAGAGAUGCCCAGUACCCUUGGAGGGAAGUUCCACAACCCCAAAUACGGUCAAAGACAUGUAUGAGAAGACUAUCACUAUUGCAAAAGGCAAUUCAAGUCUAGGGAUGACGGUAAGUUCCAAUAAAGAUGGCUCAGGAAUGAUAGUCCGCAGCGUCAUCCAUGGAGGCUCAAUAAGUCGUGAUGGACGGAUUGGUGUGGGGGACUGCAUCCUGUCCAUUAAUGAAGAGUCAACCACGAACUUAACCAAUGCACAAGCCCGGGCUAUGCUGAGGAGGCAUUCGCUCAUUGGACCAGAUAUAAAUAUUACAUAUGUGCCAGCAGAAAAUUUAGAUGAGUACAAGGCCAGUUUGGGACAACAGACAGAGGGAGCUGUGCCACUUUUUCCUUCACAUACUGUCAGGGAACUCCCAGAGCUUCCAGAACGUGAAGAGGGGGAGGGAGAAGAAAGUGAACUUGCAGCGUUCAGUAACUGGAACCAGCCCAGAAAGGUUGAACUCUGGAGAGAGCCUAGCAAGUCACUGGGGAUCAGCAUUGUUGGAGGACGAGGGAUGGGGAGCCGCCUGAGUAAUGGAGAAAUGAUGAGAGGAAUCUUUAUCAAGCAUAUCCUGGAAGACAGCCCAGCUGGCAAAAAUGGAACGCUGAAAACCGGAGAUCGGAUCGUGGAGGUGGAUGGAAUUGACCUCAGAGAUGCCAGCCACGAACAAGCUGUGGAAGCCAUACGGAAGGCAGGCAAUCCUGUAGUCUUUAUGGUACAGAGCAUUAUAAGCAGACCAAGGGCAUUUGAUCAGUCCAAUUUAGAGCCAGAAAAGACUUCGCUUUGUAACUUGCCUCUGCCCCCUCCUUCAGCAUUUUCAGGAAAGAGCUGUGAUGUUGCACAGUCAUCUUCUAGCAGAGUCCCAGAGGAUGUGGAGAAGGAGGAUGAGUUUGGUUACAGCUGGAAAAAUAUUGUGCAGCGCUAUGGAAAUCUACCAGGGGAACUACACAUGAUUGAGCUGGAAAAAGGAAGGACAGGUCUGGGACUUAGUCUUGCUGGUAACAAAGACCGAUCCAGGAUGAGUGUCUUUAUAGUGGGAAUUGAUCCAAAUGGAGCGGCUGGCAAAGAUGGCAGGUUACAAAUUGCAGAUGAGUUACUAGAGAUAAAUGGGCAAAUACUCUAUGGACGGACUCAUCAGAAUGCUUCCUCAAUAAUCAAAUGUGCACCAUCUAAAGUAAAAAUUAUCUUUAUCAGAAAUAAAGAUGCAGUAAAUCAGAUGGCUGUUUGCCCUGCAAAGUCAGUAGAGGGUUCGCAGUGUACUUCAGGGACACUUCAACAUCAAGAGAUUGAUACCAGUGCUGCAAACUCCAGUGCUUGUUCUGACUUCAGUUCAUGUAGAAAUAUUCAAUAUGUGGAACUCCCUAAGGAUCAGGGAGGCUUUGGAAUUGCCAUUAGUGAAGAAGACACAAUUAAUGGAGUAGUUAUUAAGAGCUUAACAGAUCAUGGUGCAGCAGCAAAGGAUGGACGAAUCAAAGUUGGAGAUCAAAUCCUGGCAGUGGAUGACGAAAUUGUUGUGGGAUAUCCAGUAGAAAAGUUUAUUAGUCUCUUGAAGACAUCCAAAACUAUGGUGAGGCUUACAAUCAACUCAGCAGAGAUGGAUAGCCUGACUGCAGCACCAGGCCCUUCCAGCACCACCCCAGCAGAGAGGAGGAAUAUGCAGCCACCAGCAAGUCUCCCCUCUUCCAGCUCACCAGAACCUGAAGCAGUCAAAAACACAAGCAGAUCUUCAACUCCAGCCACGUUAGCCUCUGACCCAGCUACUUGUCCCAUCAUUCCUGGAUGUGAAACAACCAUUGAUAUCUCCAAAGGGCGAACUGGUCUUGGUCUGAGCAUUGUUGGAGGAGCAGACACUUUGCUGGGAGCAAUUAUUAUCCAUGAAGUAUAUGAAGAAGGAGCAGCCUCUAAAGAUGGCAGACUGUGGGCUGGGGAUCAGAUAUUAGAGGUGAAUGGGAAAAAAAAUGCCACGCAUGAUGAAGCGAUAAAUGUCCUCCGACAGACUCCCCAAAAAGUUCGUCUGACUGUGUACAGAGAUGAGGCCCAGUAUAAGGAGGAAGACAUGUAUGAUGUACUCAAUAUAGAGCUCCAGAAGAAGCCUGGCAAAGGCCUUGGGCUGAGUAUUGUUGGGAAGAGAAGUGAUACAGGGGUGUUUGUGUCAGACAUCGUCAAAGGAGGAAUAGCAGAUACAGAUGGGAGAUUGAUGCAAGGAGACCAGAUAUUGACAGUGAAUGGAGAAGAUGUCCGAAAUGCUAACCAAGAGGCUGUUGCAGCUUUGCUGAAGUGUUCAUUAGGUACGGUAAGACUAGAGGUCGGAAGGAUAAAAGCUGGUCCAUUCCACUCUGAGAGGAGAACAUCCCAGAGCAGCCAGGUCAGUGAAGGAAGUGGCAGUCUCUCAUCAUUCAGUCUCCCGGUCUCUGGGUCCAGUGCACCUGAGGUCUUUGAAAGUGGUCUGAAGAAGAAUACGGCAGCUUCUGAAAUACAAGGACUAAGAACAGUUGAAAUAAAAAAGGGCCCUGCAGACUCACUAGGAGUGAGCAUUGCUGGAGGUGUAGGAAGUCCGCUUGGAGAUGUUCCUAUAUUUAUUGCUAUGAUGCAUCCGAAUGGAGUUGCAGCUCAGACUCAGAAACUCAGAGUUGGAGACAGGAUUGUUAGCAUCUGUGGAACAUCUACUGAGGGCAUGACUCACUCCCAAGGUGUUAGUCUGUUAAAAAAUGCGUCAGGCACUAUUGAGUUGCAGGUUGUAGCUGGAGAAGUGAGUGUCAUAACUGGUCAGCAGCAGGAUCCACCUACGUCCAGUCUUUCAUUUGCGGGAUUAACUUCAACCAGCAUUUUUCAGGAUGAUUUAGGACCUCCUCAGUACAAGACCAUUACUUUGGAUAGAGGACCAGACGGCCUAGGCUUUAGUAUUGUGGGCGGUUAUGGCAGUCCUCACGGAGACUUACCAAUUUAUGUGAAGACAGUAUUUGCAAAGGGUGCAGCAGCAGAAGAUGGACGCCUGAAGAGGGGGGAUCAAAUCAUUGCUGUGAAUGGGCAGAGCUUAGAAGGUGUGACCCAUGAGGAAGCGGUUGCGAUUCUCAAAAGGACAAAAGGAACAGUCACUUUGACUGUUUUGUCGUGAACCAGCUGCCCAAAGGGGUAGGGUCAAUAAACCUAUAUUAUUCACAUUCCACAUAGCAAAGAGAAUGGAAAUGUUUUUAUAGCCUUCGUGCUCUUCCAGUUUCACAGAACUGUGUUAUAACACUGAAGAAAGAUAACAUUUAACCAUA